GGAUGUGUGUGAGGCACAAACAAAACAAACAAACGAAGAUGGCUGUUAUUCGCGCAAGAAAGGAGCUAUUUUCGUGGUCCGACGAUGAGGUGGAACUUCUUCUACAUGUAACAUUAGAGUACAAGACGACAAAAAUACAGGAUAAUGUAGACUGGGAGUCCUGCAAGCCUAAAUAUAUGGAGAUAGGGGACUUAUUUCAGGCGCAAUAUCCGAGGACCCCGACUGAGAAAGAUUUCCCUCACGAGAAGAACUCCAUUUCACAGGGCCAGCUUACAGCGAAGCUAAAGCAAGUACGUAUUAAGUACAGGCAGGCGGUGGACCUCGGCCGUCGGAGUGGCCGAGGACGUGUUGUGUACAUGUUCUUUGAGCUGUGUGAGCAGAUCUGGGGUGGCUCGCCUGCUACGCACCCCCUUAGCUCCGGCGUCGAGACGGGGGACUUGCUCGACUUGGAAGAGUCGUCGCCCGGACCAAGUUCCUCCCAGAGUUUGGAGUCCAACGAUUCGCCAGAGUCGAGUAGAUCCAACGGAACUCUGCCAACUGCUGCGGUUGUGAGGCAUCGCAGGGAUCUGCUCCAGGCACGGCUGAACGGCCACAGAAGUGACCGCAUGAAGAGAAAGCUUCCAGCUGAACAUGCGGUGCAGGAAGAGCUGAGAGUAAAAAACCGGAUGUUGGACCUAAUGGAGGAAGCAACCAGCCGCAGCGCAGCCAGCAUGGAUCGGAUGAAUACCACCAUGGACAGCAUUAACGGCACUAUUCAGAAUGGCCUUUCCCUGAUCAGCCAUUUAAUGCAAGCACCUCCCUACAGUAACAACAGUGGAUAUGGAGACUUCCAGGUGCCCUCAUACCCACCUCGAAGGCCACACACGGCCACACCCGGCCACACACCAAGAGCAAACCCCUCUCUACCACACACGCAUGGGAUGAACCCUGACACCCCACAGCAACAAUCUCCUCCUUAUUCAUUCAGCCAGUCACUGUAUGAGGAGGACCUGUAAAGCAGUGAGCUUCAGUUUUUUUUAUCCAGCACUUUUUGUUCUAAGGAAGUCUGGAAACAUUUUUAUUUUUAACUCCACACUUUGUACAAAUGGAGAAUCACUUUUUUUUUAGCCUU